AUGGCAAGUAACGGACCAGAGACCUCUGUAAUUCCCGACGAGGAGCAGCCUUUGCUCGAGAUAUCGGUAUCAAAAUCUGGCUGGCGGAAGAACAUGAUGGUUGAUGUGACUCGCGAUAAAGCCGAUGUAAUUCUUCUCCUGUGCUAUAUCAUCACUGGCCUCCUUGACAGUGCAGCUAUAUCCACCUGGGGAUCCUUCGUUUCUAUGCAGACAGGAAACACCGUCUACAUCGGACUCGGCUUGGCCGCACCCAGCGAGUCACAACGCUGGAUUAAAUCAGGUGUAGCUCUCAUGUCUUUCUGCUUCGGAUCUUUCUGCUUCAGCCGCUUCCACCGCUACUUCAUGCCUUGUCGGCGCUGGGUCCUCUGCGCAUCAUUCAUAGCACAGAUGUGCUUCAUAAUCGCAGCUGCCGCAAUCCUCACCUGGGGGGCUACAUCAGCCAACGAGAAAGACGACAUUGGCUGGAACGUUCUCGUACCUAUUGCAUUAGUCGCUUUCCAGAGCUGUGGCCAGGCAGUUACAAGUAGAGCGCUCAGGUACAACGCUCUCACUAGCGUUGUGUUGACGAGCCUCUACUGUGAUUUGUUCUCGGACGCCGAGCUGUUUAUGUUAGACAACUCGGACAGAAAUCGCAGAAUUAGUGCUCCGGUGUUGCUUCUAUUAGGUGCCAUUGCUGGUGGCUUGGUAGCUCAUAGUCCCAUAGGUACUGCAGGUGUUUUAUGGAUCGCGGCUGGGCUUAAGUUGGUUGUGGUCUUUUCUUGGUACUCUUGGCCGGCCGUCGAAGACUAG